AUGUUCGCCCUCACAUCCUUCGUCACGCUCGCCGUCCUCGCCUCGUCGGCUCUCGCUGUCCCUGCCGUCGACCUCCUCAUCGACCACGGCGCGCCGAGCAGCGGCAGCAUCGACCUCCGCACCAUCCUUGCCGGCGUCUCGGCGCGCAAGGGCCAAACAUUCCACUUCGGCUCCACCUUCGACGUGAACGACCCCGACCAGAGCUUCACGAACGACGUCUUCGGCAUCUUCUUCAACCACGUCGUCGCCGAGAACGGAUGCAAGUGGGACGCGACGGAGCCGUCGCAGGGUAACAGCGUGUUGACGUCGUGCACCGGCGUACAGAACUUCGCAAACCAGAUGGGCCAUACGUUCCGUGGACACAACACGUUCUGGCAUGAGCAGCUUCCGAACUGGCUCCCGGGCCGCUUCACCGCGAGCCAGCUCGUGAGCACUAUCAUCCCACAGCACGUAACGGCUGAGAUCUCCGGCUUGGGACCCUCCGUUACCUCGUGGGAUGUUGCGAACGAGGUCGUUGGCGACGGUGUAAGUUUCGGUAUGACGGCGUUGCAGUGUGUGCAGAAUAAGGGGGUGUGGCCGACGGUCACUUCGGAUGGCUCGGGCGUGCCGCUCGCGACGGAUCUUUCGUUCCUUCACGCUGCGUUCUCCGCAGCUUUCAAGGCGGCUGGUCCCAAUACGCGUUUGUCCUUGAACGACUUCAACACUGGCGCAAACGACGCGAAGACGGCCUGUGAGAUCACGGUGCUGAAGGACAUCCAGGCGAACACCGGGAUUCCUUUCAACCGCCUCGCCAUCGGCUUCCAGAGCCACAUCCAAGAGACGUUCUUCCCGAGCAAGGCAGCGCUGACGCAGACGUUCUCAACCCUAGCGGGCAUGGGCGUCGAGGCGCUGAUCACUGAGCUCGACAUCAAGCUCCCCUCGUCAUCUCAAGCAGACCUGCGCUUCCAAGCGGCGCUCUGGGGCGACAUGCUCGAUGUUUGCUUGUUCGCGAGCAACUGCAACGAGUUCAUCAACUGGGAUACGCGCGACGAUGUGUCCUUCCAAGGUACAGCUGCCGCUGCAACGCUCUUUGACAAGAACGGUAGCCCGAAGCCCGCGGCGUUCGAGGUUGCCGCGCGUCUUCAGCGCUUCGCGAACGGCGGCUCGGAGUUGUGCGCGACUGCUCUGGGCACUGGGUCUUGCAGGGUCUCGUAG